AUGUUCCUCAAUACAUCUGCUAAGCAUAAUUCGAUUGAUUUGAAUGGAUCGCAACUAUCAAAGUAAACAUAGCAGUCUCAUCUUUAAAAAAUAAGUAUUUUCAGCCUUGGAACACCACUGGACCAGUCCACACCAGCAUUUCUCUUUGGAAAGCGGAAAGGGACAGUUCCAGCCAAUUGUAAGUCUUUUCAAUAUUGAGAUAUUCUCAAUCCCACCAUAUUCUUAGACACAAACAGUCCGAUGAACACGACGUCGGCUCCUGUAGCCGAUAUCUUCGCAUGCCCAGCUCCGACGAUUCCACCUCAUGUGAAAGAUACUCCGGGAGCCAAGACGGUGCAUUGGUCUCCUGCUUUGGUGCAGUCGAGCGAGAAGCCGUCCACUCCUUCGCAUAACAAUGCUAACGUGUCGUUCGGAGGAACUUCAGCAAUUUCCUCUACCAAACCUAUGUCUAAUUCCUCGUUCGGAGGUCAAGCUCUUAAUGGUAUGCCAUUCAGUAGUUGUUCAUUCAAAACUCCAGUUUUAGCGCCUCCACUUCGGUCGCUACGAGACAAGGUUGAGCCCGCGAAGAAGAUUGCACGGAGAAACACAUUUGCGGCCAGAUCAACACCUCUUUCGACGCCACUCACUCAACGUCUUCCUUCCCAUUUGGGUAAUUAUAAGCUGUGUACAAGUAAAUUGUUGGUAUCUUUAAUUUCAGCCGAAGAAGAGUCAACUACAGGCGGUGAAGAUGCGGGCGAGACGUGGGUUACCGUGUUCGGUUUCAACCCCAAUCAGGUGUCAAUUCUUCUGAAUCUGUUCUCGCGUCACGGAGAAGUCGUCAGCCAUCAAGCGCCGUCGAAAGGAAACUUCAUGCACAUUCGAUAUUCGUGCGUCACUCAUGCUCAGCAAGCUCUCUCCCGCAACGGAACUCUCCUCGACACGGAGACAUUCAUCGGAGUGGUUCCAUGCACCAACAAAGUAAGUGAUACGCAGACAGACAAAAAGCUGUUCACAUAAAACAUUAAGGACGUCAUAAACGGCUCGGCGGCUGGAAUAGUGGCGAGAUCCACGACCACUGCGGCUGCGAAUCGAUCUUUUUCCAUGUACAACUCGUUUGCCGACAGCGACAUCGGCGACCAAUCUGCUCUUCACAACGAGAACAACGUGCUCAACUCGUCGAAUGUGUUUGAUGGAAACAAUUCACUCAAGUGAGAGAUAUCGAUUGUUUCUAUCAUUUCAGUCAUUGUUUACAGCUCGUCUCGAAUUUCGGUCCGUUCGUCGGUCGGAAUGAGACCACUGGCUGCCGACCAAAGAAACAACGUGAGUGGAGUCUGAAUUAAUUUAUUCUAUCCCUUUUCGGUAGGUAUUGCAGGCGACUAGCAAACCACAAGACGGACUGCUCAGCAAGCUGUGGAACACCAUGGGACUCAAUUAA